AUGCUGGUUGUUCGAUAUCUGAUUGCAUUGGUGUUCUCCAUCUUUGUGAUGGCCACCUCGCUGCGCAUCGAGGAGCGAUAUAGACGCCAUGGGCACUACAAGAUCUCAACACCCAAUCGUUUGGUACUCCAAAUGGAUCGAUGUGAAGUUAAUGCGGAACACAAGUUGCUGGAGAGGAGGCAAUUGGCUAUAUGA